CGAACGCAGCCUUACGCUGUCCUGAACGCAGCGUAAGUGUUGUCCGACAUAUUCAUUACCUAUAUCGCAAUAGACAAGAGACAUGUAAUUAGCUCAUAAGGAUUAAUUAAUAAAGUUGUACAUUAAUAUAAAUAAGUUUUUAUUAAUCCAUCAACAAUACAUGGCGCAGUCGUACAAGAACCACGAAGCAAGAAAAGUUCAACAAAAUUUAUAAGCAACAGACAUACUUUAUAAGCAACACGAGGAAUCGGGUGACAAAUGGCCGAAGCGGAACAUGAAAAAAUUAAUAUGUCGGGCAUUGAAUAUAGACCACCGCCACCACUAAAGAUGGAUGUGAUUGAAAAUCUCUGUCCACAAUGGAUUAGAUUCAAGCAGAGUUUUAAAAUAUUUUUAACAGCGGCAGGUUAUGACAGACUCGCGGAAACACGAAAGGCGGCCAUUUUAUUGAAUUGCGUCGGAUAUCAAGCUCAAGACCUCUACUUCAAUAUUUUAAAAAAGUCAGAAACCUCUAAAUAUGAAGAUAUUAUUGUGGCUUUUGAUGACUAUUUCAUUCCGAAGCAAAAUGAGGUCUUAGAUACAUUUCGAUUCAACAUGCGGGUUCAAGAAGCUGGCGAGCCAUUUGAUUGUUUUUAUUCAGAUGUUACCAAGUUAAUAAGGAAAUGUAAUUACGAAAAAUUGGAAAGUAGAAUUCUGCGGGAUAAAAUUGUGAUUGGAUUACACGAGAAAAAAUUGCAGCAAAGGCUACUAGAAGUAAAAGAUUUAACGCUGGAAAAAGCGGUAGACAUCUGCAGGUCGUCUGAACUAUCGGAGCAACAUGUAAAGCUGAUGUCGAGGUCAUCCGUGGCGGUUGAUGCGGUGCAGAGCAAGCCAGGCGGUGCAGGUGGUCGAAAGAUGCAUUUCAACAAGUUAAAUACAGUUAACCAAGAUAAGUAUAAAAAUAACGUUUAUAAAUGUUUAAAAUGUAAUACUCAACAUGGCCUUAGGUCAUGCCCAGCCUAUGGCAAAACAUGUUCGUUCUGUAAAAAACCUAACCACUUCAGUGUGGGGUGUAAAUUUAAAAAGAAAUUAGUCCAGUCUAUUGACGUUGACAAUAAGUCAAACGGUAACAAUGAGAAUGAUCUAUGACUAGCUAAAGUGCAUUCAUUAAAUAUUAAUAAAAUUAAAGAGUGGUCAGUGAUAUUACCCGUAGAAAAUAAAAAAAUUAGGUUUAAGUGUGACACAGGGGCUCAGUGUAAUGUAUUGUCCUUGUGUGAUCUGAAAAACAUAGUCGAUGAUGAAAAUCCUUAUUGGUCUGAGACUAAAAUAAAAUUAGAAGUUUUUGGGGGCAGCCAGUUAAACCCAUUAGGGAGUGGGUCAAUUUGAGGAAGCCUUGGAGCUGCAUAUACAAACUGGCACAGUGCCAGUGGUGAAGCCACCUCGACGAGUCCCUCAGGCUCUAAGAUCUCGUUUAGAAGACAAGCUAAAAACUCUGGAGGAUCACCAAAUCAUUAAAAAGGUAGCUCAUCCUAAAAGCUUUGUUAGCAAUUUGGUAAUAAUAGAAAAAAAAGAUAAGUCAUUACGAAUAUGUUUGGAUCCUAAAGACCUUAAUAAAGUACUUGUAAGAGAACAUUAUUUGAUACCCACAUAUGAGGAAAUUAUUACAAAAUUAACAAAUAAGUCAGUGUUCUCAGUUUUAGACUUGUCUGAUGGUUUUUAUAAUAUAAAGUUAACUGAUUCCUCAUCGGAUUUAUGCACUUUUAGUACACCUUUUGGAACAUAUAAGUUUUUAAGAUUACCAUUCGGAGUAUCAGUAGCACCGGAAGUUUUUCAACGCUAUAGCGAGAAAGCAUUUGGCGACAUACCAGGUGUGAUAGUUUAUUGUGAUGAUUUGUUAAUUGCCUCUAAGUCAGAAGCAGAAAAUGAUGUCAUUUUGGCUCAGGUUUUUGAACGUGCUAGAAAAUGUAAUGUAAAGUUUAAUAAAAAUAAAUUUCAAUAUAAACUUAAA